UACCGACCGGCGCAGAUUGUGAGGCUUGUAUCACCUUUGCGCAUAACUUUUUCUACAUCAUUCCUUUAUUUUCAAGGAUCACCAAGAAGCUGCAAAGUCUUAAACCUGCACAAGAGACUACGCCUCCAAAAAGAGAGUCACAAUGGGUCGCACAGUCAGACAAAAGCGGAAGAACCGUUCCUCGCGCCCCAAAGUCAAGCAGACCAACAGGCCCAAGAAGGCGCUGAACCCACUAGGGAACGAUCUGAUUGCGAAGAACUGGAACAAGAAGGAAACCCUGACGCAAAACUACCGCCGCCUCGGUCUCCUGACGCGCCUGCAGGCCCCAACGGGCGGUGUCGAGCCCGGGCUGCGCGGUGCGGCCGACGACAAGAGUAACGCUCACGCGCCCCUGGGCCUGUCUGAGCGCAAGUCGACUGCGAGCAGCGCAGUGCGCGAGGUGCGCGUGAAGCGGGACGCCGAAGGGCGCAUCGUUUCGGUCAUCAACGAGGAGGCUUCGGCGGCGGCCAACCCGCUCGACGACCCGCUCAAUGAGCUCGAGACCGACUCCGACUGGGAAGGAUUCGGGUCUGACGACGAGGCGCCCACGGGUGACCGGGUCGUCGACCAGCUGGAGCGGAUGGCGAGGGUGCCCAGGGUCAAGACGGUUAGGGGGCUGAGCGAGAGGGAGGUCGAGUGGUUGGAGAGUUUGGUGGCCAAGCACGGGGACAACGUCAAGGCCAUGGAGAGAGAUCACCGGUUGAACCCGAUGCAACAAACCGCUGCGGACAUUUCUAGGCGGUUGAGGAGGUUAAGGGGUGAGUGAUUGUUUUGGUUGUUUCUGGUUUAUUGUUUGUUUGCUUCGUUGAUGUCUCUUUGAUGCGGCAUUGCACAGGCGUUUGGCGUUCGUUGGGAUGGAUCAAAAGCAAGGACUCAAGUUCUAUUACUGUCGGAGACAGAGUUCUUGAACUUACAAGAUGCUUGGGCUUUUUGGGGGUUCGAAACGAAAAAUGUCAGGACCAUCCUCCUACUCGGGCCUACCGGCGGCCCACGGUUUAACGACAUAUUUUACUUUUUACUUUGUGACUAUCAUAUUAUGGAAACACAAUACUGGCACCGGUGAUAUAGUGUCACAAAUGAGAGCUAGGGUUUAGGCUUGGAAUAACCAUGAGUGGGAGGAUGUUAUUGAAGGGCUACCGUUGCUGAUGUGAGCUUGGUCUGGAAAGCGGUAGUUGGGGGUUACUUGGAUGCGCCACAAUGUCUGGGAUGAAGAUCAUUGCCACGAGCAAAAUAUCAGAACCAUCCCUUCGCACUACUACAUACGUAAUAUUGCGAAUAUCAGAUUCCAACUCGAACGAUAAGAAAAACAUGCUAGGUCUAGGAGAAUGUAUUUUUAGUCCUCCUGAUUUCCUGGGGUAAGAUAAUAAUUAUAUGGACGGUACAUUAGGGGCGGGAUCGCAUGCAAGGUGCCGUCUUGGCAAAGCUGCCUACUGCGCUGAGUAGCUAUUUAAGGUACGACAACGUCACAAAAAUGGUUCAAGGAGGCGUUCAUUGUCA